CACUGAAUAACACGCGUGCCUCUGCCGGGGAACCCUUGAUGCGUGUCUGUAACACUAACCCGGAAACCAAAAAGUGACGCACUUGCACCUACUAGUUGUUUGUUUUGAAGAGGCAGCUGUCAGUCGUACGUGUUUAAUACACGGAUUGAACUCAGAAGACAACUAUAAAUAUACAUAUACCUAUAUGUAGCUAUGUUCACUUCUCAGUCUUCCUUCCAGGACUCUGUAGACGGAGACGAGAAGGACACCGAGCUGGAGACGGAGGGGUGUCUAACCGACCCGGUGACAACACCGCAGCAAUCAAGCAACUGGUACUAUUGUCUGUAUUUCUACCAGAGCUCCAGACUACAGGGAGCAGAUGACAGUGAGGCAGGGAGCCACAGGAAACCUGCAUCCACACCCGGGGAUGAGUUUAGUCUUUCCCUGGGUGACACCAACCUGCCAGCGGAGGCUGAGCCAGAGCUGCAGAGUUACAUUUCCAGGCGUCUGAGCAAAGGGGCGCUUCUAGGAGGCAUGGGGAACAUAGCGACUGUGUCACUGAGUGUUCCAGAACAAUCUCUUGGUUGCUAUUGCUGCCUGGUGCAGCAAGACAAGUUACAGGACCAGGCCGGCGCAGCAGGUGGGAUCAGCACUGAUUUUGUCAUCUGUUUCCUAGGGGGCUCGGAGAAGGGCCUUGAACAUUUCAGGCUGGAGCUGGACACAUACGUCCAGGGAUUGCAAAGCUCUCUGAGUCCACAGCUGAGUGACUUAGAGACCCACAUCAGGCCUUACUUGAGCAGCUGGUACGAGGAGUGUGUAAUGCACAUACAAAGAGUGGUACAGCUGACCCAGGACAAGGUUUCCUUUCUGUUGCAUGCUGCUUUGAGUCACAGUCCUGUGGCAGUCAUAGGAGAAGACAAAGUCAAAAAGGAUAUUGACAGGUUUCUAAACGCAGCCAGUUUCCAGGGUCUGAUUCAUGAAGACACAACGGCAGCCACUCUGUGUAAUGCAUUAUCAGAGGAGUCCCAGAAAGAUGUGACUAUAGACUGCAGCCAGCAGCAGCCACAGUUCCUGAACGCAGGCAGUAACCGGUUUUGUGAAAGCUGGGUCCAGGCCUUUCUGAACGGGGCAGAAGGGGGCAAUCCAUUCCUUCUGAGACAGAUUCUUGAAAACUUUAAGCUAAAGGCAAUCCAAGACCUGAACAGCCUGAAGCGGCUCAUCCAGCAGGCCGAGAUGAACCACUACGCCUUGUUCAGGUGCUACGUGUUUCUGAAGCACUGCGGGAACGGAGACGUGCUUCUGCAGAAUGUGAAAGUGGAGCACGCCGAGAUGCCGGAGGCACAUAGGAUAGUGCAGGUGCUGGAGGAGUUCAUGUCUGAAGAGGGCUCCACUAGCCUCCAGUAACUGAGCAGGACCCUCUUUGCAAAGGGGAGACUCGAGUGUCUAACCCCGGCAGAACCUAGGAUACCUGCUCCUUGCAAUGCUGUGCCGUCUUUUAAUAAACACUACAAGCUGUUGGGGAGGAUUUAGUGACUCUAGAGUUGUGAGUUAAAUGUGAAAAAAAAAAAAAAAAAAAAACUCUAAUGCAACCACGGGUAGGAAAACUGGCUUUAGUAAUGACAGGAAAUGAAGUUGUGUUUUUCAGCUGCAACCCCUCGUUUUGACCUGUGUAUUUAUUCACUGUAUGUUUCAGUACUGUGUGGGUUUGCUGCCCUACCCCUCUUGUCUUACUGUUCUGGGUGAAGUGGAGGGCUUUGUUGUGGAGGCUUCCAUUGAUUAUAUCAUUACUGUGUCAGAUGCUUUUCAGAUUUUACAUUCCAGAAGACUCCACUGCAGCCCCCGCUCACCCGCCCACCUCUUUACAAGCCUAACUCCGUGUUUCAUAUUUACCAGCCGUGCUUUUUAUUAACACUGAAGGGCCUUUUCGGCACCCUGAAAAAAAAGACAAAGGAGCCGUUACAGAGAAGUGACAUGAUGCUAAGAGCUCCUGAAGGGCGCACGAGGCUUGCACAGCAGAUCAUUGCUUGCAUUCAUUACAAAUACAAAUAGCUGUAAGCAAUAGAAAGUGUGAUAUACUGUAUUGUGUAUAUAAUAUUGAGUGCAUUAAUGUCAUUCAUCCCAUGUAUUAAGAAAUGCUGACUUGCAAAUACAUUAAAGAUUAAAAAUGUCAUUAAGUAA